UCAAGAGAUAUCAUUCGGUGACGCCAUGUUUCUUGAAGUAUUGAUAGGAAUAGCUUCUUUUUUGACUUUAAUUUAUGCCCUUGACCUGUUUAAUAGGAAGUCAACCAAUUUCAAUGGAAAACAUACAGUGAUUACAGGAGGAUCUAGCGGUAUAGGUAAGGCACUGGCCAUUGAACUUGCCAAAGUCGGUGCAAAUAUAACACUCCUAGCACGUAAUGAGGAAAGGUUAGCAAAAGCCAAAGCAGAAAUAGAAAAGCAUUUGCUAGAAGGUAGAAAGGUGCAAACAUUUUCUGUGGAUCUUAGUAGUGAUAUAAAACAAGUGGAGAAAGCAUUUGACGAGGUGUAUAGUACUUUUGGUCCAGUGGAUGUUCUGUUUAACUGUGCUGGGUAUGCAACCUGUGGGGUCUUUGAGGAAACAAAUAUUGAAGACUUUAAGAACAUGAUGAAUACAAACUAUUUUGGAAGUGUUUAUCCUACCUAUGUCACAAUAAAGAACAUGAAGCAAAGAAAACAAGGCCACAUAGUGUUUGUCUCCUCUAUGGGAGGACAGCUUGGAAUCUUUGGCCUUACUGCAUAUUCAGCAUCUAAAUUUGCAGUCCGUGGCUUUGCAGAAAGCUUGUUCAUGGAGGUAAAGCCUUAUAAUAUUGGAGUCUCUGUGGUAUUUCCACCAGAUACAGAUACUCCAGGAUUUGAGAAUGAAAAUAAGCUGAAGCCAGAGGAAACCAAAUUGAUCUGUAGUUCUGGUGGCUUAUUUAGCCCUGAAAGUGUUGCAAAAAAUAUCAUUUCUGGAGUUGAGUCAAGGAAGUUUCUAAUAUCCUGUGGUUUGGAUGGAUGGGCACUUAAUGCUGUUACCUCAGGAGCAGCACCUCCUUCUUCCUGGAUGGAACUGAUUACACAGGUAACAGUAAUGGGAGUGCUUCGUAUAGUAAUGGCAUUUACCUCAAUAAGUCAUGAUAAGAUUGCUAAAGAAGGAAGAACUAAACGAGAAGGAUCUUGACUGAUAAUAAAAGUAACAUGUAGUAGUAUAUAAACAGGGCUCUCUUUACUAGCUCUGCUACUAGAGACAUCCCUGAAUAAAUAUUGUUGAAAUAUUAAAAAACAUAUAUAUAAAUAAAUGACAUUACCAGAAUGAAAAGUAAUGACAGGCAUGACAGUUUGUUACAAUAAACAAUAGUGAUCAUGUGAUUGAUCAGAAUGUUCCCAUUUCAGACCAUGUGUCGUAAGGUAGUAUACUUAUGACACACGAGGUCUGAAAUACUCAAGGAAUGUUAAACGGUCUAAAUUGGAAAAGACAGAAUCUUCAAAUUAUCUUGGGUUUAAAAAAGGUGUAAUUGGAAUUUAGUAAAAUAAACUUACUGAUUAAAUAGAUAAUUGCAUAUAAA